GUUCUUGCUGACAAAUAUGGUAAUGUUGUCCAUUUUGGGGAGCGUGAUUGUAGCAUUCAGAGGAGAAACCAGAAACUUCUAGAGGAAGCUCCUUCACCUGCUUUGACCCCAGAACUACGUAAAGCUAUGGGUGAUGCAGCUGUAGCAGCUGCUGCAUCUAUAGGUUACAUUGGUGUAGGAACUGUUGAAUUUCUCUUGGACGAAGGAGGUUCUUUCUAUUUCAUGGAGAUGAACACCAGGAUACAGGUAGAGCAUCCUGUCACAGAAAUGAUUUCUUCAACUGACUUGAUUGAGGAACAAAUACGUGUGGCUCUUGGUGAAAGUUUGACUUACAAACAGGAAGAUAUUGUUCUGAGAGGGCAUUCAAUUGAGUGCCGUAUUAAUGCAGAAGACCCUUUCAAAGGGUUUCGUCCUGGACCUGGGAAAAUCACAUCGUACUUGCCAUCUGGAGGACCAUUUGUGAGAAUGGAUAGUCAUGUUUACCCAGGUUACGUGGUUCCCCCAAGCUACGACUCUUUACUUGGGAAGCUUAUUGUUUGGGCACCAACCAGGGAGAGAGCAAUAGAACGAAUGAAAAGGGCCCUGUGUGACACCAUGAUCACUGGAGUACCUACCACUAUUGAGUACCAUAAGUUGAUUCUUGACAUUGAGGAUUUCAGAAACGGAAAGGUGGACACUGCAUUCAUACCAAAGCAUGAAAAUGAGUUGGCUGCACCCCAGAAGGUGAUCCUGUCUACCUCAGAAAAAGAGCUUUCUGUAUCGAACAACUAGAUUUACCAGGAUUUCUGAAGGAAUAGCUGCGGUUUGCUUGCGUUAUAAGAGUUUGGCACCAGAAUAACCUUCUGAUUACUUGCUUCUUCUCAUGUUGCUUUCUUUCUUAUGAAAGACAAUCUAUCACUUUUGUCUUCUGUUUUCAAACAAAAAGGGAGGUGUAUCUCAUAGUGCAGAUAUAUAUAGCGAAAUUCAUGUGGCAAGAAUCAUAUAAGAUGAUAUUUAUCAGGAGAAAACUGUUCAAUAAUUAACACCUGAUGCAUCAUUUGUUA